AUGCUCCACUGUUCGGAUUCUGAGGGCUUCGACGGUUGGACUUCUCACGAGCUUCAUGCUAUGGAAAAACAUCUGCCUUUUCUCUCGUCCGAGCUCUUUGAACUUUGGCGCCACACUACCUUGGCGGCCUCCGGUCAGCACGAGUUUUCUGAUGAGUUGUCAAACAUGCUGUGGUCUUGGCGUGUUGUUGGCAUUCCUAAGAGUACUUCCUACGAUUCCAGGCCCAUCUCGGUCGGCUCCUCUCUGCUCCGUGUCUGGCACAAGGCAUUGCUGCGCAGAUGUCCUCCUCCGCCUCGUGGUCAGUGGUGCGGCAGACAGCACACUUCUGUUGUCCACGCCACUGCUAACUACCUUGCCUCUCAACCUGGCGCUGUCGCUGAAACUGACUUGUCUAAAGCGUUCGACAGCCUUGCUCUCAGCCCUGACCUCUCCACGUGGUGUUAUAUGGAUGAUAGAACCAUCGCGGUUCUCCGUCAGGGCAACAAGUUUGGGCUUCGAGUUCUAGUGAUCUUCUUCCUCAUGGUGCCCGAUCAUCUCAUCGAAGGUCGGGAUCCUGAUAAACUUCAAACCGCCAUCCAGCUUCUAAAAGACUGCCCCGGCGGUUUCCACGCUCGGCUCCGGCUGGCGACCACUUUUGUGCGGCCUUUGAUGGAUUGGGGCUCUCCUCUUAUGAAACCGGGAGAUCCAUCAUUGGCUCAUGCGCAGGCCUUGCAUCUUCGCAUUGUCAGCUUCAAUCAUCAAGCCGUCACUGUGCAGUCUUUGCGCCAGGAUUUUCCUCCUAAUCCGGUGCCUGCCGAGGGGUUUAACGCUCCGGUUCAGGUUCAAGGGGAACGGGUCCUGCACCUGCUGCGCAUGCGUGCUCGCAGAAUCGCUCUCUCUGCCAUUCCUGCUACUCGCCUGGACCGCCAGGGUGUCGAGCUUAUCGACUUGGAAGCGGCGAGCAGUCCGCGCUUCAAGCGUUUUCUUGAUUCACUUUCUUUCUUGGAGGCCUCCAGGCUUGCCAUUUAUCGCUGCGGCGCUUUGCGCUCUCGCACUCGCCGCUACAAGGGUUUUCCUCUAGAGCACCUUGGCCUUCGCCACGACCCUGGUCGCCCGCAUCAGCUUACCCACGUCCGCGACCCGGACAAGGCGCCGGAUGCCAUUGCUCGGCUGGGCAAUUGCCCCGGUGGCAUUCCCAUGCGGUGCCGCUUGGCCACUGCUUUCAUCAACCCCCUCUUCGACUGGGCUUCCCCACUCCUCCCGCCAGGCAGCGCUGAAGAUGUCUCCCGGCUUUUUCGGGCGCUCACCAAUGCUAAAGCCACGUGGUGGUGCAAAAACCGCUUUUGGUGCCAGCACAUCGAUUUGCAUCCUAGGUUCGCAGUUGCCAUCCGCGCCCUAUGCAAUGCAGCAGCGGUGAUUAAUACGCCUAGUCCCCACCUCGAUGCCUUGCUUAAAAAGGGCGAUAGGGUUGCCCACUUCCUGCGCCAGAGGGCCAGACGCAUGCUGCAGUACUCUGCCCUCAUUAUCUUCAGGUACGACACCAUCCACGGGAAGUACGAUGGAACCGUGGAGGUUGAUGGCGACUCCCUGGUCAUCGACGGCACGAAGGACACCUACGACCCCUCCAUGGAGUGCGUCUCCUGCGCCAGCUGCACCACCAACGGCCUCGCGCCUGCUGUCCGAGUGCUGCAAGAGAAGCACCGAGGCGGCAAAGCGUUCGGCAUCAAGCGUGGUCUGAUGACCACCUGCCACGCCAUGACGGCCUCGCAGCCCACCGUUGAUGGCACCUCGAAGAAGGACUGGCGCGGCGGCCGCGCUGGCCCAGGCAACAUCAUCCCUUCCUCCACGGGCGCAGCCAAGGCCGUGGCCAAGGUCAUCCCAGCGGUCAAGGGAAAGUUGACCGGCAUGGCCCUGCGAGUGCCGACGAUCGACGUCUCCGUGGUGGAUCUCACUGUGGAGCUGGAGAAGGAGACGACCUACGAGGAGAUCUGCGCUGAGAUGAAGAAGCGCUCUGAGGGAGACAUGAAGGGCUACCUGGGCUACACCGACGAGGCUUUGGUGUCCACCGACUUCGAGACAAACCCCAUCUCCUGCACCUUCGACUCCAAGGCCGGCAUCAUGCUCGAUCCUACCUUCGUGAAGGUCGUUUGCUGGUACGACAACGAGUGGGGCUACUCCUGCCGCGUUGUGGAUUUGAUCAAGCACAUGGCCAAGGAGGACGCCAAGGCGUAA